AGAACUGAAAUUGAAACAGUUAAAUUAAAGAUUUCUCUUUUGAAGAGAGCUUUAACUGAAACUAAAACAACAUGCAAUUUAGACAAGAAGAGACUGUCACAAGACAAAAGCAAGAGGCGGGAGGCUCAGGCCCGACUGGAACACAGCAAAACUUAUGCAAAACCAAUCCUGAAGCAGAAAAUUUCGGCACUCACGGAACCACCCAGCCAGACUCUGCCAGCAGUGGAGGACCUUUGUGACAUUGCACUCACUAAAGAUGUCAAUGUCACCCAGUUGAUUCCUUUAGCCACAAAGACUCUUCACAAGCAGCACAAAGAGGCCAAGGAAGGGACGAGCAUAGAUCCCAAAUCCGUGCCUGUUCUGAAACUAGAGACUGACCUCUACUUUCAGUAUUUGGCAUACAAUAGGGCACGAUUUGUGAGUGUUCUCAGCCAAAGAAUCUUUCCAAUUGAGGAGGUGUUUGCGUACAGCGACGAAAGCAUCCUGGAGAUGAGCAUGGCCACGGCUCUGAAGGAUGCCUGUGAGACUGCAUUCAUUGGUGGUCGCUGGGUCCAUGUGGAUCUUCGGGGAGAAAACCACUGUAAGAUCGUUGGUACCAGUCUGCCUGAUUACAGUGGGGAAUCUUCGGCUGUCAGUUUAUUCAUAAUGGCCAAUAGGCAUGGAUCCGACAACCCGGCCAAAAUUCCGGUAGGGAACCCAGGCUACGGUAUACGAGCAGCACUAGGUUACACUGCAAUGUUUACCAGUCUGGUUGCUAAUGUUUUGGAUGUGCAUUUGCCACGGAAGUGUUCAUUUAGGGAGUUGAAAGAUGACAUGACAGAGUCUGACUUCUGCAACUUUAUUUGGCGACUCAAUCAGAAUAUCUUGCAUCUGGCCUACAGCCAGGAAGUCGACCCUUCAAAGCUUUUGGAUAACCUGUCGUUGCAGAAUUUGUUGGCGAUGCUCAAGUGUCCAAAGCUUGGAAGAUCUGGAGCAUUUGUACCAACGUAUAAAUUACCUGUAGAGGCUGAUCUGUGCUCACUUGAAUAUGAGAGCGAGGAUGAGACAGAAGCUGGUGCAGGCGACAUAGAGAUUACACGGGACUGGGAGCGUGUCCCUGCAAGUCUGCCUUCAUUCGACACAUCUCCCAUGGGUGUCUCAUCGCCUGUUGACAACAACAUGUCAGCCACUGGUGCCUUGUUCAAUGCAGCAAAUGCGGCAGCAGCAAGUUUGACUGGCUGGUUCACAUCAUAUUACAGAAAAUAA